AUGUCUGAAAAUACCAUGAGCCCUUUCAAAGUCAUCAUUGUCGGGUCGGGACUGGCUGGUAGCUUGCUUGCUAACGGCCUGGCCCGUCACCAAAUCGACUUCCAAGUCUAUGAGCGCCAAGAGAAGAAUUCAAAGAGAGAAGGAUUUCACAUACGACUAGGCGAGAGCGCCAUGAUUGGCAUGCGCGCAUGUCUUACGCAAGAACAUAUCGAUUCCAUCUCCAAAAGCUUCGCCUGCUCCUCUUUCAUGGAGUCUCCAAUACUCUAUGACAAGAACUUCCAGAAAGUGUUCGAGCCGAGCAAGCUCCCGUAUUAUCAACCGUCGACCCCGAUCAACCGCGUAUCUCUCCGUGAUUCUCUUUGGGAGCCUCUGAUGGAGAUGGGCAGGAUUCACUUCGAAAAAAGGUUUCUGGAGUACGAGGUAUUCUACAACGAAGAUCGCCAGCUCAUCAGAGUUGUUUUUGAUGAUGGUACCGUCGAUACAUGCGAUGUCCUUAUUGGAGCGGACGGUGGGGGAUCAAAAGUCAAUCGACUGGUAGGCUUGCAAAACCUCGAAGAACUAAAAUUCUUCAGACCGUUCUUUUCCAAGCAACAUUUGUCGGUAUCGCGCCUUCGUCAGCUCCCAGAAGACUUCAUUACGCCAGUAAACACAGUUGAGAACGACAUAGGCCUCUUCUUCUCAGUCUACGUCCCUCGAAGCAUGGAACGUAUUAUCCAAGACCCUCAAGCCAAGACCGACAGAGAAGGAAUCACGGCUAUGCUUGGUAUGGGAUGGUAUAGUCAUCAGAUGCCUCAAAACUUCGACGACUUGACACUGGAAGAAAAGUGGGAUGCCGUGAGCUCGUUGAUACGCGACUGGUCGUCCAAACAUCACGAGAUAAUUGACAUGUUCCGGGGACAAGAGAUGUAUCAAUACACGUCGAAAGUAUCGUCUCGCCCACAGCCACAUUGGCGUGAGAGGGUCGCCUCGCCGGACGAUCAAAGACUUGGAAACCCACAUGUUUGGCUGAUCGGCGACGCAAUGCAUGCAAUGCUUCCAGCCAGAGGAAUGGGCGGCAAUCAGGCUAUGCUCGAUAGUGCAGAUGCUCUGCCUCUACUGGCUGAGCUGGCAGGCAAGUCCAGUACCGGGAGCCUGAGACAGGAGGACUUCGCUGCGGCAUGCGAGGCAUACGAACGAGCCGUUAUACCUCGAGCCUUUAAGUGGGUUGAGCAGAGCGGAGGCAGAAACCCUACGAUGAUUGACACUUCAAAGCUCACAGAUAGAGCCUUUCUACGUAUGAUGACUUUCAACGCAAGUGUAAUGAGGUUGUGGAACUGGUUGAAAUCUCAGAUCUUUGGGCCAAACAGCUCUAAGCAGACCGUUGAGCUGCUUUAA